UCAACAGUUCUAAAGUAAUUCUCAUAGUCCAGAGUAGCAGUACCUUUCUUCUUGGCACCACAAUGAAGAAGGGGAACAUGUUGAAUUACAGGAAGAAAAAAGAAACAAUCAAGAAGAAAACUAUGGAGCUUUCAAUCCUCUGUGGCGUUAAAGCUUGCGUCGUUCUUGUUGAUCCUAAUGGGCAAGUCGAUACAUGGCCUGAAAAUCCGACAGACUUGAACCCCAUUAUUCAAUCCUACAAAAAAAGUCUAAUUGACGGCAAGAAAGUAGUAAAGUCAAAAAAGAAUCUUGAUCUGUUUUGUGAUAAUGAUGAUGAUCAGUGGCUUAGUAACAUGUCUAGAGAGUCGAAAGAAAGUUUGUUGGUGAAGUUGAAUCCGAAGUUAGCGGCUGUGGAGAAAAGGAUUGAAUUCUUGAAGAUGGUGAAUAAUGGACAUGGGGUUGCUGGUGAUGUUACUGGUUUAAGUUCAAGAGGAAAAGAAGUUGUAGUUGCUAAUCAAGAAACCCAUAAUUCAGAUUUUGAAUUCUUGGAAAGUAGUGUUGGAAUUAAUGGUGAUCAACUGAGAAACAAUAGUGCUAAUUAUAAUCAAGGAAACGAAGUUAUUAUGGCUGAUCAAGAAUUCUGGGAAAGUAGUGGUGCAAUUAGUGGUGAUCAAUUGAGAAAAAAGAGUGCUUAUAAUCAAGAAAACGAAGUUAUUAUGGCUGAUCAAGAAUUCUGGGAAAGUAGUGGUGCAAUUAGUGGUGAUCAACUGAGAAACAAUAGUGCUUAUAAUCAAGAAAACCAAGUAUUUAUGGCUGAUCAAGAAUUCUGGGAAAGUAGUGAUGCAAUUAGUGGUGAUCAAUUGAGAAACAAUAGUGCGUAUAAUCAAGGAAACGAAUUUGUUGUGGCUGAUCAAGAAUUCUGGGGUAGUGUAGCAAUUAAUAAUGGUGAUAAACUGAGAAAUUGUUCUGCUUAUGAUCAAGUCCAAGGAGUUGAUAUUUUUGGGCAUGAUGGACAAUUGGUGGUAAUGCCUACUGAGAUGAACAUGUGGGAGACACUAAACAAUCUGGAGAAGUACGAUUUUGGGACUAAUGAUCUUUGGCCAGUGGUCUCUGAUCCUGAAUUUGAUCUAUUGCCACAAGAGGCUACUGGUUUUGGUACAUUGUUGAAUAGUCUACUUGCUAAUGAGCCUAAUUAUGAUUAUUCCAUGCCCUUUUCCACUGAUACUUUCUAGGUUUUCUGCUAACUAUUCCCCCAAGUUUUUGAAUUUUUUGGGGGUGUGUGUUGAGCUUAGGUAUUCUUUUGUAUUUUUUGGAAAUUCUUUUUAGGUAGAAUACUGGUUUUACUAUGUAUUUGUCUGGGGGGAGUUCGGUUUGGCGUACAUGCAGGUUUAGUCAUUAGUUUUUUGGGUAAAUUUACUGGUCCUUCAAAAUUGUUUACCGAUUGCUGUACUUAGUUGAUGCAGUUUUUUUGGUAAAAAUAGGUUAUGUUAUGACUUGCGAGUUUUUUUAGUUGAAACCAUUGUUCCAUCUCAAUUAACUUUUGUUUAUUGAAUAUGAUUCCAGCCUUUGACAAA